AUGAAAGACAUAAAUAGCCUCUUCACCUAUGAAGUAUGCCUGCUGAAUCAGUUCAGAGAAAAUGAUAUUGCAAACAACCUUCCAAACGUUAAGAAAUCGUAUGAAAAAAUACUUCUAUCCAUCUUCGAGGAAGUGAAGAGAUAUCAAGCGGAUUUAUACACCAGCCAGAAGGAUGAAACUGGAAGUGAAGGUGUGUCGACAGGGACACCGCAACAUCACUCCGUUGAUGAGGAUGCUAAUGAGGAAGUUAUCGAUUUAGCAGAAGCACACACAAAGGGAAGAAGUAGCGAAGUACGAAAGAGGAAGCGCAAUGCAGAUUGGGAAGAAGCCGAUAAAAAGGGAAGCCCAAGUGGGGACGAAAAAGAGAACACAAGUGAGAAACGAGAUGGUGGAAGCAACCAAAGUAACAGAAACGUUCGUGAGAAUAUCUCGAACUACGAUGCAGCCAAGGGGAAGAAAAAGCCAAAAGACGCCUCCUACCUCAGAAGGAACAGUCCACCUCCCCCCACAGUGUCAGGGAAGCCGACGGACAGACACCCCCUAGGAGGGAAAGAAAAAGAGUUUAUAAAGGUCGAUGAAGAUUUUAAAUUCCUAACAGCAGAAGACCUCCAAUUUAAGAUCCCCCUAAAGGAGCAGUGCGACUUGAGAGGCUUAUUCAGAAAUCUGAUAGACGAAAUUAAAAGCAGCAAUUACCUGAACGUGUACAGGAAGAUGUACGUAGAAUCGUUUAGGAGAAAUCAGCGGAAAAUUCAAGACGACUCGAUUGACUCGAUCGGCUCCACGGGCUCCAUAAGCUCGAUUCUCCUUACCACUGGAGAUUCCCAUGGGGGAGAUUUUACAAAUAAUAACGUCAGGCAGGACACGCCUUUUCCCACUGCAGAGGGGAUCAUUCAAGUCAUAAAGUUCUACGUCGAAAGGGUGAAGAGCAGCUUGUGCCUCUUCUACUUCGACCUGUUUUUGUGCAUCUUAAAAGGUGCCGUGGGGGUCGAUUGCGGAGUCAACUUUAUUGCCAACGAUUUGGCGGACGUCCACCGGGAGAGCUUCGCGAAGUUAUUGGAGGUGGUCGCCACGGGGGCGAGUCCCACAAGGGGAAGUCCAGCGAGGGACAUCCCAACGGGGAAAAGCCCGUCCAGGAACAACCAAAACGGAGUGCUUACCAAAUCGAUGAAUUGCGAAAGAACGCAACUACUCCAACGGAACUUCGCCGGCCACGUGAAGGAACUAAUCCUAAACAGCCUGCAUUACCUUAUCGAGCUGUUAGAGCAAAUGAGAGAACACAACUGCGCCAACUAUGUCCAGUAUAAGAAUACCAUCUCGAGGUGUGUCAUGUCGCUAGAGGCUAAGAAGGUUAUUACAUACAAAGAAGCCACGACCUACAUUGAGUGUAAAAAUUUCGACAAACUCAGCAUCUUCAAUAAAGAAUUAAACAAGCUGGUAACAAAAAUGAAAACGAAAAAUAUGUAUAGCAUAUGGGUCUACAAUCUGCUAAGGGAGAAUGUGAAUGGCUACUCAAAGAUCAUUUUCCUUUUGGAGAGUUUUUUUUCCACCCCUAGGGGAGACUCUCCCUCGGGUGAUUCUUCUACUCGUAAGAAAAUAUACAAAUUAGGAAAAAAAAAAAUCUUUUCGGAACGUCUUUUAAAGUGUAAACUCCGAGGCAGGAAGAUGUUUGGUAGAACAAAGAAAGAGAGAAGAGGAAAAAUUAGCCAUGGGAGUGAUCUGGAUCUGAAGGGGCAGAAUCCACAUUGUGCUGCACAAAGUGAGGGGCACUCCCCCGGUGACGUCUCUCCUUCUACGCUGUGCACCCCCGAAGGGGAAGACCCUCCCACUCGCGGGGAGUCAACAACGCGGGAUGAGACAGAAGCACAAGCUGCCCCAGCAGCGCAUGAUGAGCAGCUCACUCAUGGGGAAAUGCCCCCCUGUGAGGAACCCCCCACCUGUGAAGUGCCCCCCACCUGUCCAAAACCGAAGAAACAAUCCUCCCCGCGGAAGCACCAUUUCGGAGAAAGCACAAGAAGGUCAUGGGAGAGGCACCUGAACUGCUACUACUGUACCGAGCUGAUAAAUUUAAAAAAUCAAAUUUUUACCAUCGCGGGGCUUCACAACUUGUGCCCGCGGAGGAUACUCUCCAUUCUGAUUUUCUUCUAUGAGCAGAAUGUGGACAGCCCCAAGCAGUUGCUUCCUCUCUUCUUCCUCUACACAAAGGAAACCAUCACGGAUAUCAUUCUCCUCGAGUUAAAGAUAAAAAAUAAUUACAUCAAAGAGGUGGAACAGAAGGAAUUACAGAAAUUGAAAUACCUCCAUCGGAGUGAAGAAGACAUAGGAGGAAGAAGCAAUCCCGACAUGAGCCGAUCUCUAGAUCAUUUCUUUCUGAGUAAAAAAAAUCUCUUCACCCCUAAUUACUUCAAAAUGUGCUCCAUUCUAAUUUUAAGUGACCUACUCAAUUUUAACACCUUUUACGAGCAUAUCCUGCCAAAUGAUCAGCUGCUCAAAAUUGCAUUUGAAGAUCUCUAUAGAAAGCUCUGUGAAGAUUAUGAGAAAUCCACAUCCGACAGAUUGACCCCUUUCUUUUUCCCUUACCUCCCGAUGGAUAUAACCGAGCUGUACGUUCUGUACAAUAAAGUGAGUAAGUACAGUCAGAGGAGCAGAACUCCGGAUCGGUCUUCCUCCCGACAUGGUAGUACCACUGAUCAUAGCUACGGUAACAGCUUCGGACAUAACAGCCACCCCUCCGGUGACUCUGUGCAGAAGGGUAGUUCCUGCGCGAAUGAGAACAUCAGGGGGGAGAGAGGCCACAGCGGCAAGUCUGGCAGCACCACGGAUGGAACGACCCCCAAAGGGGAGAAAAACUCCAAAGGGGUAAUCUCAUCAAACACACCCAACACCUUUACCACCUGUGACGCAUCCCGGAGCAUCCUCACCAAAAUUUUCGAACAAGGGAAACCCGAGGGUGUGCAAGACCGUGUAGUGCACUAUCUCUUGAAUUACAAAAGUGUCGACAUUAAAAAAAAAAACGAACAGAUUGCAGAUCUUCAUAACAAGGAACCGAUUGAAUUUUUUCUAUUUGACAUGAUUCACAACAAAUCCAAUGGUGCAGAAAAUUUCGUAAAGAAUUACAUCGACAGGGAAAUACAACUGAGAGACGAAAUGGCAAACUCGAAACAUCUGUCUUACACCAAUUCGUAUGACUAUCUCUUUCUUCAGGAAGACAAUUAUUUCUUUCUACUAGGUCGACUCUUCUUUUUGAAAAAUCCAAAGUUCCUAUUUCUCUCCUCUCUGAUUAAUCUAAAUGCCUGGAGCUAUGUCGUCACUUUACUACACCAUAUGUCUACCUACCAGUGCAACCCCUUCCUCAACUACUACGUCAGUUGGUCUAUGUCACGGCUCAUUGGACAUUCCAUAACGUCAUUCGAGAGGGAAUAUCUCGCUGGCGAGGCUUCUCGGGAGGUACACACAGGAAGUGCAUCAAAUCCAUCCAAUCCGUCGAAUCAGAAAUUGAGACAAGUGGCGCAUACGCGGAAGAUGACCAACUUAAAUGGGGGAGAAGCUCCCUUUAGCAGGGACAACACUCCCCAUAAUGAUACUCCCACUGCUCAAAAUGGAGACACCCAUGGACCCUGUUUCUUCUGCAAGAUUCAUCUUGACACCAAUAGGCUUUGCGGCUACCAGUGCAUCAAAGUGCUGAACCGGAACAAGACACAUUUUCAAAACCUCUUCAGGGACGAGAAAAAAAUCCAGAAGAAGAAAAAAAAAAUGAAACAAAUUUUAAGAAGCGUUAUUUACCGUGGGGGGGGCACCCCUGGGGGAAGGAAUGCCAAGAGGGAUAAGAAUGAUACCCGUUUUGAUGAUAGUUACUCUUACGAGAAAGCAAAUGGAAGUGCCAAGAAGGAGAAGAGAAGCAGCUCCACUCAGUCCAAUCGGCCCAAUCAGACCUAUCGCUCCUCGACCCUGCUUCUCCCCCUGAAGAAGCAUCUUCUGCUAUGCUCCACCGCCCCCCCGUCUGACGAUUCUUCCGAGGUGGACUCGGUCGAUUUUGCGCCAAAUGGGAAGAACGAAGGAGGGGCGAAGGAUAACCACGCGCCGGUCCCCCAGGGGGACGCAUCCGUUAAGAUGGAACCGAUUAGCAAUGCGGGUCCCACUACAACUGCCGAGCUCAGCAAUGCAGAUCUUAGCAGUGCCGACCCCGCGACCAACCUGGACACGUUCCUGAACUUCUUCUCCUCCAACCGAACCAACGACUACAUGAAGAAAAUAAAAAGCGUCGACGAUUUUUUCAAUAGAGCAUUGCAGUAUGUGAAGUAUCUGGGAUACUUCGGGUAUCUCUACAAAUCCCUGGUGAGGAGACUGCUGCUCAUAGUGAAGGCCUACGUGAGGAGGAAGGUGACCCGGGGGGAGGAGCUGCAUAGCAACUUUGAUAAGCUUUUUAUCCGUUUUUUUUUCCUAUGCCCGAUAAAUGAGGACGACGAGGCAGAGGGCCCCCGGAGCAACGACGGAAGUGGUGGGGGUGGCGCUAGCGGUGGCGGUGGAUCCCCUCUGAAUGAGGGCAUAUGGAACGUGCUGCGACUCAUCCCUGUGUCCAGGCGCUACAAGCUGUACGCAAAAUUUUACACCAAAGUGGAGAAAUAUCAGAAGGUUCUUUCCAAACUGGCGGUGGCUUCCCAAUCAGGUACGAGGGACACCACCGGAUGUGACAGCACCGCACCUGCCCCUCCCCUGUUGCCCCACGCUAAGGCAGCCAUUGUCCUCUCCAUCAUCAACUUCGAAUUAUCCAAAAACAGAUUGAGAAAAAUUAUAAAAAGAAUUACGUCAGAUAUACUGAAAGAUAGAUACAGCACGAAGGUGCAAAACAUCCUAGUGCAGUUGACCGGGGUGAUCAAUAGAAAUCCCUUCAUUUCGUCAGACGUGAUUCUUCAGCAGUGUGAGCUAUUCGAUAACAACAUGAUCAUAACUCUGUCUGAGUCGAUAAAAGACAUACACAGCUUCUCCAGUGAUAUCUUUCUCUUCAAAAUUGUAGAGAGACAACAGAAGCUAAAUGUGAGCAACUAUCAGUUAAGCAAACAGUACAGCAUGAACAAUUCAGACUUAUUUGACGACUCUCUUUUCAAACCGAAGAAGCUCAUUAACCUUUCUCUAAUGAGUGCCAAAUUUUUGUCCAAACAUCCCUUUGCGGAUUUUUACCCUCUUAUCAUCUCCAUCGUGAAGAGGUUAUUUUCGGAGCUGCACAUCUCGGAUCAGCUAUUCCUUAGGAAUAGACGAGAAGGGCUGCAGUGGAGGAGGGACUCCAUAUCACCUUCGGUAGAAGCACAUGUGAAGGGUGAGCCACACGAGGGGAAAGAACCAUCCCAGGGGAGCAGGACCAUCCCCUCACACUAUAGCGACGAAUUCAAGGUAACCAUCCUAAACGCGAUGAAUGUCAAGUACCCCGACCUUAUGAGCGGCUAUAUUUUCGACAUAGACUACCUGCAGAAGCUUAUCGAAAUUUACGGAGGGACCAGCGCAUCCAUCGACGUACAAGAGCUUAAUGAAGAUCAACUGAAUGCUCAGUGUGGUCUCAAAUUGCUCAAAAAAGAAAUCAUGAUACUGGAAGAGAACUUCAAUUUUAAUAUGAACAAUGUAGAAUAUGAACAUAUAGAGAAAGCUGAGAUGGAUGAUGAACGGCUACAAAAACUCUGCAUUGAUAAUGCUACCAGGAAUCUUUCCAAUCCUAAUGUUGUCUAUCUCUUCUUGUGUACCUUGUCUAAAUUGAAAUAUGAAUACCUAUUCGAUAGUAACACAAAUAACUUAAGAAAUUUAUCCUCCCUAAUCGACAAGGUCGAUGCAGUCCUCCUUCAGUUUAUCAAUUUUCUCCAGACGAACACGGAACCCUAUCUCUAUUUGGCUUACAUUCCUAGCAUAACUUUGAUUUUUUCCUACUUUGACAUUUCGCAAUCGUUUCACAUCGUCCGAUUUGCCUUCCCGUUCUUCGAUGAGAAGGCCCCUUCGAAGAAGCAGCAGAGGUCCUCCUCCCCCUUGCCCCGCGGGAAGGGCGGUUCUCUGAGUAGAGGCGAUGGCGCUAACAGAAGCGAUGCCCCGAACAGAAGCAAUGCCGCUAACAGAAGCGAUGCCGCUAACAAAGACGAUCCCACCUUGCACCACUCCAACGAGGAGAAGUGGAAACAAGCCAUCCUGCCAAUCGUCCGGAGGUACCUAAGCAUAGAAAAUCUCAACGGAAUUAACAUCGAUUUUUACCUGACAUACUGGAGACUAAACAUCACAGAUAUUUAUGUGCCACACAAGCAAUACCAGAAGGUAAUAGAAAAGUAUGACUCUUACAUAAAGAAGCUAGAGAAACAUCAUGAGGACAAUAAGAAGAAUGAAGAAUACAAAUGGAUUAACAAGAAGCUGAGAAAGCUCCGUUCCAGAAGAGGAACCAUCAACAGUGAGUACCAGUAUCACAUUGCACAUACAGAGAAAAUAAAAAAACACUUAUCGUAUGUGGUAGACCACUGGGUGAACCCACAAGAAAUUGAUCUCACGACCUUCACCGCAUUCGUCAAAUGUCUCAUCGCCCCGAGAAUAUUAAACAGCGAAAAGGAUUCCCUCUUCUGUUCUAAGUUUAUACUCCUUCUUCUGGAGUUCCGCACCCCUCUGUUCAAUUUCUGCCUCCUAACCUACGUAUGCAUCAAGAUGCUCAUGCCAAUUAUAAAUGCCUGCACCGAGAAGGAAGCUCUCAACAUUGGACUGUUCUUUAAUGAGUUGUUUUCUUACAUCUACCAGUUAUGUAACGAUCCAAAACAUUUUAAACUCGUGUCUGAAGGGAACGCAUGCUUUAGCAGCACACUCAACUUCGAGUCGAAAGUUACGAUAGAACAUUCGUGUAUUAUUGGGAAGGUCGCCAAAUGGGAGAAGCUCCUCGUUUCUCUUCUCUUCGAAAAUAACAAUCAUCAGAAAUCUUGGAUUAACUCAAAAUCAGUCGUUAUCUUCCUCUUUCGCGUCCUUCAUUCCUUUCCCUACUCGAACAAAGUAAAGCAGUCCAUAAAGAAGUACCUGCAGAAUCUGCACUCCUUCGCGCAGAGCCGUGGCUGGAAGGACAUCGCCAUCUCCGUCAACAGCUUGAAGACCAUCAUGGAGAGGAAUCGCAAAGCGGCUGAGAAGGAAAAGAAGGAGGAGUCCGAGGCGAAGCCCCAGGAAAGAAAAGCCAGCUCGUCCAAGGCAACCGCACCCGCGCCGAAAGCUGAUGGAAACGUCACGAUGAACCCAUUCAAUACCUCCAACCCGAAGCACAUGACCUCGAACGCCAACGCGAACGCCAAUGCGAACGCGAACUCGGGCGCGAACUUUGUGCCCAUAACGAAGAAUAUGUACAACCCAAACAUGUACCCCGUUUUGCACAACACCAUGAGCAUGCCGCCCAAGGCGUAUAUGAAGGAAAACACAUUUAACAACAAAAUUCCUCCACCACAGGAUCCGAAUAACAUCAUGUCCCUGUCUUCAAUUAACCCAAACACCAUUAGCAUAAAUAACGACAUGAACAAACGAAGAGACAUUUUUAACGGCAUGCAAGGCAAUGCAAAUUCUUAUUCGUCCCCACGUCCCAACGCAUUAGUUCAUAUGAAUGACAAAAAUAUGAUGAACAAAAAUAUGAGAAUGGACAGUCGUGCCAUGCAGAAUGAAGGGAUGAAUUAUACUAUACCACAGAACUUUAUGGGUAUGCAUCCGUACAUUCCUCCACCUAUGCAUGACAUGCCCCCAAACCAGAUUUUCCCAAAUGUGCAUCAUGGUCAUAUGAAAAAGAACAGAAAUUCGAACAACUUCUCACGCAGAUAG